AUGGAUUUUCCCUCUUUUGUGAAUAAUGCUGAAGUGGGGGGUAAGAUUUGGUUGUUUUGGGCGUCUGAGGUGGAUUUUCAGUUGACGGCUUGUUCUGAUCAAGCUAUUUCUGGUUGGUUUGUGUUUGGGUCAAGGCAUAUUUUCUCUUCGUUCGUGUAUGCUAGCUGUUUUUGGGAAAAAAGAGUCGAGUUAUGGGAUUAUCUCAGGGUACAAGAUCCGCAGGGACAACCUUGGUUCAUUGGGGGUGAUUUUAAUAUUAUUCGCACGGAUAGCGAAAAGAUUGGGGGUCUUUUUAAGGCUCCUCGGGCUAAAGCUGAGUUUAAUGAUUGGAUUAAUGUUUGUGCUUUAAUAGAGCCUCCUUCUUGUGGUAACACUCUAUCUUGGUGUAAUGGGCGGAAUGGAGGACGGCGUAUUUGGGCUCGUUUGGAUCGUAUUUUGGUUAAUAUGCAGUUUAUUAAUUUGUUUGAGGGGUCGAAUUACAGUUAUCUUCCUCGGUCAUCUUCGGAUCAUGCUCCUAUGCUGUUUCUUUUGUUUAAGAAGAAUAUUUCUAUUGUGAAGCCAUUUAGAUUUUUACGUAUGUGGGGAUCUCAUGAUGGGUUUUUAUCUGUGGUGGAGCAGAGUUGGGGUGAGUAUGUGGAGGGAUGUGCCAUGGUGCGGGUUAGUAGAAAAUUAAAAAGGUUGAAGCAUGUGCUGAUAAAAUGGAAUAGGGAAGUCUUUGGUCGAGUUGAGGUGGAGAUUAAUAGACUUGAAAAUCAUAUUCAACGCCUUGAGGAAAAUCUUGUGACAAAUUUUUCUUUGCAGGUGGAAGAAGAGGUGGUACAAGCUAAAAAGGCUCAUUUACAAUGGGUGAAUCGGGAGGAGAUGUUAGCCUGUCAAAAAUCUCGCAUUAAGUGGUUGGCUGAGGGGGAUUCCAAUUCUAAGUUUUUUCAUGCUGCGAUGAGGGUGAAGAAAAAAAAUAAAAUUGUUGAUAAAAUGGUGUUGGAGGAUGGUAGGACACUAGAGUCGGCUGAAGCAGUGCAUCUAGAGGCUGUCCAGUUUUAUCAGAGCCUCCUCACAGGGUCUAAUGUUAGUUUUCAGGAACCUGAGUUGGCGUUGCUAUCCCCAGUUGUUACCGAUGCGGAGAAUGAUGCUUUGUGUAGGUUGCCGUCGGAAGAUGAGGUUUAUUGGGCUAUUCGGUCUAUUCCUAUGGAUAGUAGUCUAGGACCGGAUGGGUUCUCAGCUGCAUUUUUUUCUUUGGCUUGGGAUAUUGUGAAAGCUGACAUUGUUGACAUGGCCAAGGAAGUCUUUGAAGGUAACCCUUUCACUAAAUUUUUUGGUGCGACAAAUUUGGUGUUGAUUCCGAAGGUGGAAGAACCUAUGGGAUUUGGUUAG